CCCCAGCUGGAUGCCUGCGGCGCCAUGGACACCAGCGGGUACAGCAAGUGGGGCGGCGAGCCCGAGGAGGUCCCCGGAGGGUACUGGGGACGCUGGGAGCAACGGAGCCGGAGGUCCUGCUUCCUGGCCCUGGCUCUCCUGGCCGCGGCGGUCCUGUGGGCUGUCAUUCUGAGCGUACUAUUGUCCAAGGCCUCCACGGAGCGCGCGGCCCUGCUGGGCGGCCAGCACCUGUUGAAGACAAACGCCUCGAAGCAGACAGCGGCGUUGGGGACGUUGAAGGAGGAGGUCGCGGCCUGCCACAGCUGCUGCUCGGGCACGCAGGCGCAGCUGCAGGCCACGCGCGUCGAGCUUGGGGAGACACAGGCGAAGCUGAGCCAGCAGGAGACAGCCCUGAAAGAACUGGGAGAACGCGUGACCCAGGGCUUGGCUGAAGCGGGCAGGGACCGCGAGGACGUCCGCAAUGAGCUGUUCCGGGCGCUGGAGGCGGCCAGGCACCAGAACAGCUCCUGCAACCCGUGCCCCCAGUCGUGGCUGCCGUUUGAGGGCUCCUGCUACUAUUUCUCCGUGCCCCAGGCCACGUGGGUAGAGGCUCAGCGCCACUGCGCAGGCGCCGGCGGGUACCUGGUGAUCGUCGGGGGUCUUGAUGAGCAGAGCUUCCUGACUCAGAAUACGCGUGGCCGCGGUUACUGGCUGGGCCUGAGGGCCGUGCGACACCAGAGCAAGAUUCAGGGCUACCAGUGGGUGGACGGAGGCCCACUCAGCUUCAGCCACUGGAACCAAGGGGAGCCCAACGACUCUUGGGGGCGGGAGAACUGUGUCAUGAUGCUGCACACGGGGAUGUGGAACGACGCGCCGUGCGACAACGAGAGAGACGGCUGGAUCUGUGAGAAGAGGCGCAGCUGCUAACCACGCCCAGUGCCCCGGAGCCACGCCCACUGCCACACUUGGAUUCCUGGCUGAUCGUGAUUCCCGGUGAUUCCCGCUGCCAAAGAUAAUUUCUUCCCUGUCUGCCACCACUGAGAACCACACAGCCCUGUCCAAUGCCUGAGCGCUGGGACCUUCCCUCCAACCUCGCUGCAUCGGCUCUCAAAUCCCUGCUCCUGGGCCCGGGUGAUCUGACCCCACUUCUCUCCCUGGCCAAUGUCAGUUGACUAAGGGGGUGGAGCUGUUCGGUUUUUCUGCAUUUUCCCCCGGACUGGGAGCUAUCGUUGCAGCCAGAGAAAGCAUCAAUAAAUGUUACAGAAGUGAA